ACAGCACCCACACGUACACGGGCCACAGUGUUACACUCUUGGUCAUUAAGGAAAGCAUCAAGAAGAAGAACAAAACCCAAAUCAAACCCAAAAGAAAUCUCACGCAAAAAGAGUCUUCAGAACAUAGGAAGAAGAAGAGAAAAAUGGCGUUGCAGUGGAUGAUACUGACGUACGUGGUGGCAGCGGAGGCGGUCAUAGCUCUACUCUUGACUCUGCCAUCACCAAAGGCCAUAAAGUCUACAAUCGUCUCUUUCGUUUCCCUCAUUCUCCAACCUGCUCUCUUCAUUGUCCCCUUCGCUGGCUUCCAGCUCCUAGAUAUUUAUUGGAAGAAAGAGCAUCGCUUGAUGUGCACCUCUGAGAUCUGCACUGCUUCUGAGAGAGAUCGCUUUGAGAAAUCCAUAUACAAAGCUCAAAGGAAUGUCAUUCUGUGUGCUGCAGCAAUUCUUCUGUAUUGGUCUGUGUACCGCAUUUGUAGGUAUUACAAGGAGAUUCAGAGCUUGGAGGCAGUGGAGAAGAGGUUUAAGGAGCAGUAACUUUCUUAUCUAUGCUUUUAUAUGAAAUUAGUUGGAGAUGAAUGAGUUUACACUUGUCCACAUUGUAUGAAAAACUGACAUUGCCUCUAAAUCAUGUCAUGAACUCACCUAUCAAAAAAAAAAAAA